UUUAGUUUUUGUCGCAAUACACACUAAAGGACAACCUAAUGGUUGGUGUAGCUUUCUUUCAUCAUACCCGUCUAUAUUAACCGCUUGGUUUUCGUGCUCUGCUUCGUGGGUUGUUGGUUUAUGCAUUGAUUCAUUCUGCAUUUGCCUUUUCUUCGAGAUGGGGUUUUGGUUUUUUUUGUUGAUUUGGUGAUUUCUUUUGCUUGUGAAAUAGUUGAAGGAGCAAGAUGAGGAGAGGACAAAAGUAGGAGAAAGUACAGAAGAAGGGAUUUAAGAUCUGCUAAUAUAAAGUAGAAGGAUUUUAAGAUGGCAGCAGUGUCAGAACUGACAACGAUGGCUUUUAAGUCUUAUCAAAAUAAGGCAGAAGGUCUGGUUAAGGACUAUUUAAUCUCAGGGCCUUUUAUCCCAUAUUCUUCAGUCCUUUGUGGUUUAUUGGCUUGCAAAGUGGUCUAUGAUCUUACUCAGUUAAUUAGUACCUUUAACUUGAAGAGUUAUAAUGGCCUUACAAAACUCCAACGAAUAGAGUGGAACAAUCGUGGUAUCUCUACAGUUCAUGCUAUUUUUAUCUCAGCUAUGGCAUUGUACUAUGUCUUCUGGUCAGAUUUCUUUUCUGACCAACGAUUAGAUGGUCUUCCUAUUUUCAGAAACUCUCCUCACUCUACUUUUGCAUUAGGGGUUUCUGUUGGGUACUUCCUUGCGGAUCUCGGAACAAUUUUAUGGCUAUAUCCUUCUUUAGGAGGAAUGGAAUAUGUUAUCCAUCACUGUCUUUCUGGUAUUUCUGUAGCCUAUUCUAUGUUUUCUGGAGAAGGGCAGCUUUAUACAUACAUGGUCCUCAUCUCCGAGGUGACAACUCCUGAGAUUAAUAUGAGAUGGUUUCUUGAUAUGGCUGGUAUGAAGAGGUCCAAAGCAUAUCUCAUUAAUGGUGUAGUUAUCUUUUUUGCCUGGCUGAUUGCUAGAAUUCUGCUGUUUGUUUACAUAUUUAACCAGGUUUACUUGCACUAUGAUCAGGUUAUCCAGAUGCAUCUGAUGGGUUAUCUCUUGGUUGUGCUGGUGCCAUCUGCACUAGGCAUCUUGAACUUGAUGUGGUUCACAAAGAUUGCUAGAGGAUUAAAGAAAACUUUGGUGAAAAUGCAGUGAUGGGGAUAAUGUUUCGUAUACAUGCCAGUCUAAAUGUCUCUGCGUUUUUUCUGUUUUCUUUACUGUAUAGAUAGAGAGAAGGGAAAGAAAAUGUAGUUUUCUUAUGUUGUUCAAAGUCCUACUGUUGUAACGUUGCGGACGCCAUUUCAGUUCAUAUUUCUAAUCUUACAACCAAUUUGAUCAA